CCGCGCAGCUCCCGGCGCCACAAGAUGGCGGCGGGCGGGGCGGCGCUGCUGUUGGCGGGCGCGGUGCUGGUUGCGGCGCUGCUGUGGCGGCGUCGGGCGGCAGCGGCGGGCGACGGGGGCCGGGUGUGCGUGGCGGUGCUGGGUGACCUGGGCCGCAGCCCGCGGAUGCAGUACCACGCGCUGUCGCUGGCCCGGCACGGGCACGACGUCGCGCUGCUGGGCUACGUCCAGAGCAGGCCGCACGGCGACGUGCUGCGGAGCGGGAACAUCCGGCUGGUGCCCGUGGCGGAGCUGCGGGGGCUGCGAGUUGGCCCGAAGGUUUGCCAGUAUGUCAUAAAAGUUAUUGUGCAGGCAAUACAAUUACUGUACACAAUGCUAAAGAUAGAUCAGCCAUCCUAUAUUCUUCUUCAGAAUCCUCCAGGCUUACCUAGUAUAGCCAUUGCCUGGGUCGCGUGUCUUUUCUGGAGAAGCAAACUGAUAAUUGAUUGGCACAACUAUGGAUACACUAUAAUGAGUCUGAGUCAUGGAAGAAAUCAUCCACUAGUACAAAUUGCAAAAUGGUAUGAAAAACUUUUUGGGCGUUUGUCAGACUACAACUUGUGUGUCACUAAUGCAAUGAAAGAAGAUCUAUGGAUAAAUUGCAACAUAAAGGCAGUAACACUGUAUGACAAGCCAGCUUAUUAUUUUAAGGAAACACCAUUAGAAAUACAACAUCAAUUGUACAUGAAACUUGCCAAAGACUAUGAGCCUUUUAAACCACGUACAGAGUCUCUCAGUUUGAAUUCUGAGACAUCUGCCUUUACAGAAAGGGAUGAAAAAAAUGGACAUGUGAUAAAAACCAGAGGACGACCAGCUCUUCUAAUCAGCAGCACAAGCUGGACAGAGGAUGAAGACUUUUCAGUCCUUUUGAAAGCUUUAGAAGAUUAUGAACGAUAUGUCAAUGAAGGAGUCAAGCUUCCAUCUUUAGUAUGUGUGAUAACAGGUAAAGGGCCUCUAAAAGACUACUACAAUGGGCUGAUAAAUAAACUGCACUUUAAACACAUCCAGAUCUGUACACCGUGGCUUGAAGCUGAGGAUUACCCUCUUUUGCUUGGCUCAGCAGACCUGGGGGUGUGUCUCCAUAAAUCAUCUAGUGGUUUGGAUUUACCCAUGAAGGUGGUAGAUAUGUUUGGCUGUUGUUUACCUGUAUGUGCAAUACAUUUUGAAUGUUUACACGAACUUGUGAAACACAAUGAAAAUGGUCUGAUAUUCAGGGACUCAAAUGAACUGGCAGAACAACUAAAGAUGCUUUUCUUGGAAUUUCCUACACUGGAAGGCAAACUUCACAACUUCAGAAAAAACCUCCGUGUGUCCAAGCAGCUGCGCUGGGAUGAGAGUUGGGACCAGACUGUUCUUCCUUUGCUUGGGCAGAAUAAAUGACACUUUGCCAAAAAAGCUAAUACAUUCCUGGCGCUACAUCGGUUUGAUAAAUAGUGAAUAAACACUUUGUAUUGUG